AAUGGCAGGCGCUGAAUGAGGAGGAGAAGGAAGGAAGGCGAGGGAAGGGAAGGAGGAGGAGGAGGCCGCCAUCGCCCCCUUCCUGCCAGGCCUCCAUCCAUCCCUGUCCCCUCCUCCUUCCAGUCCUUUCUCCUCCUCCUUGUCUUCCGAGGACUAGGGCUGGGCUUUGGGCCUCAGAGGAGAGUCAGAGGAGGCAGGGAGGAGGAGAUCAAGGACAACGACGGCGACGUCGAGCACAAAGGCGGAGGCAGGCGGGGGACGGUGGUCGCCGCCGCCGCCAAGGCCAUGGGGGAGAGGCUCCGAGGCCAGGCAGCCGGCCAAGCUGCCUCCCCAUCGGCGGCCACCCCCUGCUCGCUCCCCAAGGGAGAGGUCCUCCUCCUCCACAACGGCUACCACCCCUCCUCCGCCUCGCCCGCCUCAGGCAGCAACGGAGAAGCCCCCCACCCGCCUCCACCGCCCCUGGCCCUCUUCGGCUCCCCCUUGAAGAAAGCAGGGCCCCGGCCGCGACGGAGGGUGGACUCGGGCCGCAAAAACAGGCCUCCAUUCCCAUGGUUUGGCAUGGAUAUUGGUGGGACUCUUGUUAAACUGGUCUAUUUUGAACCAAAAGACAUUACAGCCGAAGAGGAACAGGAAGAAGUGGAAAAUCUAAAAAGCAUUAGGAAGUACUUGACUUCCAAUACAGCCUAUGGUAAAACUGGAAUUCGAGAUGUCCACCUUGAACUGAAAAACUUGACUAUGUGUGGGCGUAAAGGGAACCUUCAUUUCAUCCGUUUUCCAAGCUGUGCCAUGCACAGGUUCAUACAAAUGGGGAGUGAAAAAAAUUUCUCAAGCUUGCACACCACACUUUGUGCCACAGGAGGCGGAGCGUACAAGUUUGAGGAAGAUUUUCGAAUGAUUGCUGACCUCCAGCUUCAUAAACUAGAUGAGUUGGACUGCUUGAUCCAGGGUCUUCUCUAUGUGGAUUCUGUUGGUUUCAAUGGCCAUCCUGAGUGCUAUUAUUUUGAAAAUGCAGCAGAUCCUGAAUGGUGUCAGAAAAAGCCUUACUGCCUUGAUAAUCCAUUUCCUAUGCUGCUAGUUAACAUAGGCUCCGGGGUCAGCAUCUUAGCUGUAUAUUCCAAGGACAACUAUAAGAGAGUUACGGGGACCAGUCUUGGAGGUGGUACAUUCCUGGGCCUGUGUUGCUUGCUGACUGGUUGUGAGACCUUUGAAGAAGCUUUAGAAAUGGCAGCUAAAGGAGACAGCACCAAUGUUGAUAAGCUGGUGAAGGAUAUUUAUGGUGGAGACUAUGAACGGUUUGGGCUUCAAGGAUCAGCUGUAGCAUCAAGCUUUGGCAACAUGAUGAGUAAAGAAAAAAGAGAAUCCAUCAGCAAGGAAGACCUAGCAAGAGCUACGUUGGUUACCAUCACCAAUAAUAUUGGCUCCAUUGCUCGGAUGUGUGCUCUCAAUGAGAACAUUGAUAGAGUGGUGUUCGUUGGAAACUUUUUGAGAAUCAACAUGGUUGCCAUGAAGGUACUAGCCUAUGCCAUGGACUAUUGGUCAAAGGGACAACUCAAAGCUCUCUUCUUGGAGCAUGAGGGUUAUUUUGGUGCUGUUGGGGCCCUUCUAGAACUGCUGAAAAUGACAGAUGAUCAAUUAUGAAGUGCCCAAGAACUGUGGAAGCUGCUGAAAGAUUGACAGCUGCUAGGAGGAUGGGAAAGAAGCCAUGAUGGACAUUUUACCUGUUGGAUUUGUAAAUAAUAAUUUAAAUACCUUUUUUCGGAUCUUUUAACUUUUGGGUUGGACAUUAACUUCAGAAUUUUUACCAGGAAUCUAAAAAGAGGCAUUUUUAUCUGUAUACAUUUUUUAAGAAAAAAAUGUGCAAUGUGGCCAAACGUGGCAGAUUUUUAUGGAUUGUGUCUAAAACAUGGAUACUGUAGAGAAAGGACCUAAGAUAUGACACACUGGUGGUAUUAUUAUUAUUGUUGUUGUUAUUAAUAUUAUUAUUAUUACUAUUAUUUCUUCUGGGGUUUACUGAUCUAGUGUGAUAAUUAUUCAUUUAGUAAUUGCUCUAGGAGAUUUUUUUUAAAUCUUUCAUGACGUUUCAUGAUCGCUGUUGGUUUCAAAUGAAACUGCAAAACUGGCAUUUAAUGUGAACACUAAAGUAAUGAAUCUUGUUGCCUUCAUUUUUCAUUGGACUGUUUUCCCAUCUUCCUCAAAGUGACUACCUUCGUUUGACUGCCUAUGGUGGCAAUAAUGAAAAGUGCUGUCAGAUGUGCCAUCAGAUCUACUGAAAAUAAGGAGAAUACCUCAAGCUCUCCCAAUAUACCAAGCUUCUUUUGGAAACUGACAUGCUUUCAGUUCUGGAAACCCAUUCCUUAUAGCUCUGGAAAACUUGAUUUGUAGCACUCUGAGCUGAGUACGUUUGCUUAUUGGCAGGGAAAAAGGCCUACUUUCCAGAAACAGCAGAUGAGGGGUGAAACCUGUUCUUACAUAGUUAAAUUUGCCUUUAUAAAGUUGAAAAAUAUGCCCCCUGCACGUGCCAUCUUGCUAUCUGCAGGGAUUCCCCCUCCCAUAUGGAGUAGCUUUUAGUUAUGGGAGGCCCCACCAGCAAUCUGAAAUGGUACAAUCCAGAAAUAGGUUCAUCACCUCAUCCAGUGUUUGUGAGAAUUAAGCCUAAAAUAAGAUUUUAUUAUGAGAAAUACUUCAAAUGGAAGUAAUACAAGACAAUACUAUGCCAUGUGUUUGUUGUCUUUUCAAAUGUCAAACAUGUCAGUAUGUCAGUAUACUAAUUCUUAAAAAUACUGGUAUUAACCAGAAAAAGUGAUUAGUAGUAUAAAAAGUUUAUGUUUCUAAAAGUAGAAUAUAUAAAUAUAUGCCAAAAAUAAAGUGAUCAAUUAGGAAAUGAUGGAUUUUACAGAGAACAGACUUAUUCUCUACACUGUUGACAGAUGUAAGAACUGUUCUGCUCUCAGAUGUACACAGUCCACUGGAGGACAGUGUAUGUUAAAAGAAGCAAAAGUCUAAUAAAUUGAAUAUCUUUGUUUGGAAUACUCUGUAUGAUUUCUUUACCCUGAAACUUUAAAUAAAUCAAUGCAAACUGUUCAGUCACCUGGCUAAAAUAAAAGUCUGUUACUGUUGUGAUGGUUUCUUGA